AUGGGCAGCAAGAAAAAAGAAAUUGCCCUGCAGGUCAACAUCAGCACCCAAGAACUCUGGGAGGAAAUGCUCAGUUCCAAAGGACUAACUGUUGUUGACGUCUACCAAGGCUGGUGUGGCCCCUGCAAGCCCGUGGUGAGCCUCUUCCAGAAGAUGAGGGUGGAGGUCGGCCCGGACCUUCUGCAUUUUGCAUCAGCAGAGGCAGACUGUCUUGAUGUGCUCGAAAGAUACCGAGGGAGGUGCGAGCCAACCUUUCUGUUUUAUGCCGGAGGAGAGCUGGUGGCGGUGGUGAGAGGAGUGAAUGCCCCACUGCUGGAGAAAACCAUCCGCGAGCAGCUGGAGGCAGAAAAGAGGGUGCUGGCUGAAGGCAAAGAACGGCGAGUGGUUAAAGAUGAAGCUCUUUCUGAUGGAGAUGAAUGCUUUUCUCAUGAAAAGAACGAUGGUGAUGAUGAGGACCUGGUGUCAUCAGAGAAGGCAUGCACCUUGGCCAUCAUUAAACCAGACGCGGUGGUCCAUGGGAAGACAGAUGAGAUUAUCAUGAAGAUCCAGGAAGCUGGGUUUGACAUUUUAAUGAAUGAAGAGAGAACCAUGACAGAAGCAGAAAUGCGACUUUUCUACCAACUCAGAGCUGGAGAGGACACAUUUGAGAAGCUGGUACAUCACAUGUGCAGUGGGCCAAGCCACCUCCUGAUCCUUAGCAGGACUGAGGGCACCAAGGACGUGGUCACUGCCUGGCGAACCCUCAUGGGGCCCUGUGACCCUCAUGCGGCGAGGAGGGAGCAGCCUGACAGUCUCCGGGCUCAGUAUGGCACGGAAAUGCCCUUUAAUGCAGUCCAUGGAAGCUGGGACUUAGAAGACGCCCGUCGGGAACUGGCCCUGCUGUUCCCCAGUUUUCAGUUUUCAGACCAGAUUCCAGAAUCCGCCCCUCUGGGCUGUGAGGCUGAAGGAGCGGAGGGCCCCGGCAAAAUGCUGUGCUCCCCGGAGGAUGUGGAUGAGGCAGCCCAUGACCAGGGCGAGGCCACAAGCUGA